CCUCGACUGGGCUGGGCGGGGUCUGGAGGACGUCGUGGGGACGGCGGCCCGGGACUCGGGAACGUGGGGAAGCACUCCGUCGGCUGCUGCCAUGCCGGCGGAGAGGCAAGUCGAGACCUCACGAACCGGGACCUCCACUCCGCUCGGACCCACGUGAGACGUGCGCGAGGACCCCGCGUAGCUGCCCCGCCGGGUCCUGCGCCCGCGCGCCUUCCGGGUCCCAAAGAGCCCGCGAACACACGGCCCCGCGCUACUAGAGACCGAAGCCGCGGCCCCGGGGCCCCGGGGCCCCAGGGCGAGGCGGCCGCCCCGUUUGGCGUCCCUCGUGGCUUGGCCUAUGGCAGGGGGGUGUCAAGUCACACUCAACCCCACAGUUCAUGCCGUGCAGGUCUUUGAAUUCCUUUGAGAAACAAGAAGAGACGUGCCCCAUCGAACCAAUGUUUCCUUCCUUUGCCGCCGGGUUACUGUUCCCUCGGCACCUUAGUUGCCCCAGGAGGUCCCUAAAAGGGCUUGGGGAUUGAUCACGCCGCGGCGGGGGUGGAGGGGGGGGGGGUGGUCCCUGCCCCUCGCCCACCCGCUGUCCAGCCCGGGCGCUUCUGUCCGGCCAGCAGAGGAGUAGCGUUUUUUACAGGCAGCGCCUUGGCCACCUGGCAGGGCUGGGUCGCCUAGCAACGACGGGGUCCUUCCUGGCUCGGCGGCGCUCCGGGCCUGAGGGGACGCUGGGGGCCGGUGGCCGCGGUGCGGGAGGCGGCAACGGGACGGCGACGCGCGGUUGGCGCGCCCGGGGUUCGGCUUCUGCAUCCGAGGAGAGAUGAAUACGGCCAAGGCCCGGGUGGGGCCCGCGGCCGACCGGCCUGCGCCACCCGAGGAGAAGGAGGGCGAGGCGGGCGGGAAGGAGCUGGGGGCGGACGCGGCCCCCGGGCCCAGCGCCGCGUUCCGCCUCCUGGUGACUCGGCGGGAACCGGCGGUGAAGCUGCAGUAUGCGGUGAGCGGCCUGGAGCCGCUGGUGUGGUCCGAUGACCACCGCGUGUCGGUGUCCACGGCCCGCAGCAUCGCUGUGCUGGAGCUCAUCUGCGACGUGCACAACCCGGGCCAGGACCUGGUUAUCCACCGCACCUCGGUGCCUGCGCCUCUCAACAGCUGCUUCCUCAAAGUUGGCUCAAAAACGGAAGUUGCUGAGUGUAAGGAGAAAUUUGCCACCUCUGAAGACCCCACAGUCAGUCAGACUUUCAUGUUGGACAGGGUGUUCAACCCUGAGGGGAAGGCUUUGCCACCAUUGAGAGGAUUCAAGUACACUAGCUGGUCCCCCAUGGGCUGUGAUGCUAAUGGCAGGUGCCUCCUGGCAGCACUGACCAUGGACAAUCGCCUGACCAUCCAGGCUAACCUCAACAGACUGCAGUGGGUCCAGCUGGUCGAUCUGACGGAGAUUUAUGGAGAACGUCUUUAUGAGACCAGUUACAGGUUCUCUAAAAGUGAGGCCCCAGAAGGGAAUCUCAGGGAUUUUGCUGAGUUUCAGAGGAGACACAGCAUGCAGACGCCAGUCAGGAUGGAGUGGUCAGGCAUCUGUACCACUCAGCAGGUCAAGCAUAACAACGAGUGCCGCGACGUGGGCAGCGUGCUCCUGGCCGUCCUCUUUGAAAACGGUAACAUUGCUGUGUGGCAGUUUCAGCUACCGUUUGUAGGAAAGGAAUCUAUCUCUUCAUGCAACACGAUUGAGUCAGGAAUCAACUCUCCUAGUGUUUUGUUUUGGUGGGAAUAUGAGCACAAUAAUCGGAAAAUGAGCGGCCUUAUUGUGGGGAGUGCUUUUGGACCUGUAAAAAUUCUUCCUGUCAAUCUCAAAGCAGUUAAAGGCUAUUUCACGUUAAGGCAGCCUGUUGUCUUGUGGAAAGAAAUGGACCAGUUGCCAGUACAGAGCAUCAAGUGUGUACCGCUGUAUCACCCUUACCAGAAGUGUAGUUGUAGCUUAGUGGUGGCCGCAAGAGGACCCUAUGUGUUUUGGUGUCUUCUUCUGAUCUCCAAAGCAGGUCUGAAUGUUCACAAUUCUCACGUCACAGGCCUGCACUCACUGCCGAUUGUCUCCAUGACUGCAGACAAGCAGAAUGGGACGGUAUAUACUUGUUCCAGUGAUGGGAAGGUGAGGCAGCUGAUUCCCAUUUUCACAGAUGUUGCACUGAAGUUUGAACACCAGUUGAUUAAACUCUCGGAUGUGUUUGGCUCAGUGAGGACACACGGGAUAGCCGUGAGCCCCUUUGGUGCGUACCUGGCCGUCAUUACCACUGAGGGCAUGGUCAACGGCCUCCAUCCCGUUAACAAAAACUACCAGGUUCAGUUCGUUACUCUCAAAAGCUUUGAAGAGGCAGCUGCUCAGCUUCUGGAAUCUUCAGUUCAAAAUCUCUUUAAGCAGGUAGAUCUAAUAGACCUAGUACGUUGGAAGAUUUUAAAAGAUAAACAUAUCCCUCAGUUUUUACAAGAAGCUUUGGAAAAAAAGAUUGAAAGCAGUGGGGCCACCUAUUAUUGGCGUUUCAAACUCUUCCUCCUGAGGAUUUUAUACCAGUCGAUGCAGAAAACCGCUUCAGAAGCCUUAUGCAGACCCAUCCUUGAGGACUCAAAAAUCUUACUGGUUGACUCACCUGGGACGGGCAGUGCUGAGGGUGAGCAGCCGGAAGAAGGCACUUCCUCCGAACAGACGAAUAAGCAAGGCCUUCAGGAGAGGAGCAAAGAAGGUGGUCCGGAGGGCCCCACAGAUGACUCGCUCGCUCAAUCUGGAGACAUUGGAGGCCGAGAGCCAAUGGAAGAGAAACUCCUUGAAAUCCAAGGGAAAAUUGAAGCUGUGGAAAUGCACUUGACCCGGGAGCACAUGAAGCGAGUCUUAGGCGAAGUAUACCUGCACACCUGGAUCACAGAAAACACUAGCAUCCCCACCCGGGGACUCUGUAACUUUUUAAUGUCCGAUGAAGAGUAUGAUGACAGAACCGCACGGGUGCUGAUCGGACACAUCUCAAAGAAGAUGAACAAGCAAACUUUCCCUGAGCACUGUAGUUUGUGUAAAGAGAUUUUGCCGUUCACAGAUCGCAAACAGGCGGUCUGUUCCAAUGGCCACAUUUGGCUCCGGUGCUUCUUGACCUACCAGUCCUGCCAGAGUUUGAUAUACAGGAGGUGUUUGCUCCAUGACAGCAUUGCCCGCCAUCCAGCCCCGGAAGAUCCUGACUGGAUUAAGAGGUUACUGCAAAGCCCCUGCCCUUUCUGUGAUUCUCCUGUCUUCUGAAUGUCCACGAUGGGAAGAUGGAAAGGGCACGUACUCUGCUGUGGAAAGUGCCGUCCAGCCCCAAGAGCUAGGACGUGCAAGAGGAGAGGCGCCCUUCGUGACUGUACAUAGGGCGUGGGGACUCACUGCUGAAGUGCGUUCUCUGUCUCCAGAGACUAAAGGAUGUCUUUAAAGUGACUGAGUGCAGGGAUUUUAAGUCCUUUUGAGAUGAACGUUAUCCCCCAACUCCUUGCCAAUGAGGAACACUUAUUUUUCAAGUGUCUUGACUGAAGAAGCAGUUUGAACAAAACGCAUGCCCUGUCAUUUCUCAGAACAGAAUGGUCCCUUCUAGGGAGUAUGGAUAAGGGCCUUGCUGGGCCGAGUUAGGCUUUUUAAUCCUGGCCUUGGUCUGGAACUGCCUUGUGGUUCCAGGGAGCCUGAGUUACCUGGUACGUGGUAUGCAGUGUCCCAACAGAUAUUAAAGUGUCUGAAGCAA